AUGGGUAUCAGAAACAUGUUUAAACCUCCAAAGGAGAUGUCCAAAAGCGACGUCAAGGAAUAUCUCCAGGACAACGGUGUGCGGGUAAAGGACGACGACAACCCACACCGCAGGAAGUACAGGUUUGGCGAGUUCUCCAAGUAUGCCCAGGCAGAAACAAACGAAAGACCUAUUUUAAUGCCAAGAAUCCACCAGGACCCUUCUUCGCAAAUUUCGUCCGCAGGCUCCUCUGAGGAUCCGUAUAAUCCCGCCACACAAUCAACGGUCUCCAAUGUGACUGGUGAUUUGGCUGGCCAGUCCCACGAGUCCGAAAGAUACAAUGGCGCGCCUUCAUAUCACACUUAUGAUCCGUACGAUAUUCAAUCCACGUCCGGAAACGAACAAAACUUGCAUUCACAACAGCAUCAGCAGCUCCAACAGUUGCAGCAGGUUCCAACAUCUGACCUGGUAACCGAGACGCAAACACAGGAAGACGAUUUCGACCCAAAUAGCUAUCCAGAAGGUGCCACAAGCACUUAUGAUCCGUACCUAGAGUCACAUGUGCAACAACAAGAGGAGGAGAUAGAUGAGGAGGAGGAAGAGAUUAACCGGAUCAGAAGACAGACAAAGGACGUUAGAGAGGCCACGGUCAAGUCCACACAUAAUAUUUUGGGUCACCUGCGUCAAGCAGAUGACACCGCAGCCAACACUUUGGGCGCUGUUGGAGCCCAAAGAGAAAAGAUGUUCGAGAUGGAGAGGUCUUUGAAUUCUAUGGACACGCAUCAACGAUUUGUGGACGAGCAUGUGAAGCAGUUGGAGCAUUAUAAUAGAGGUCUGUUCCACAUCAAGGCCAGUAAUCCGUUCACCAAAAAGUCCAGGAUGAGAGCUGCAGAACAGAAAUUUUUGGCACAGAGACAGGCUGACAGAGAGCGGGAUGCUACUUUGAGCUCGAACUUGUAUCACACUCAAAAUGAGAUUGUGGACCAGUUGAGAGACUCUUCAGAUCCUGUGAUCAAUUCAGAGCUGAAGGAGAAGUACGAGCACGAAAGACGUGUCAAAGAGGCAUCCAAGUAUCUGGGCGAGGAGCACGAUGAAGAGGACGAGAAGAUGGAGGUCGAAUAUAGUAAGAACGUUGACGAAGCGCAGAAACUGGCAACGAACUUGCGUCGCAAGGCCAAUUUGCUAUCUCAGGAGAUUGUGAUGCAAAACAAAAAUCUCAAGGAUAUAAGCGAAAAGGUCAACAAGGUCGACGACAAGUUGGUGCUCACGACUAAUCGCAUAAGGGGAAUAUGA